CCUCGCGUGGUUUGACACACCACAGCCUCAUUAAAACGACCAUCAACUGCAUAAAUUAUUGAUUCAAUAAUCCUCUGUGUUUAGUACCUCGUUUGUAAUUACUUGCCUACUCUCAUUAUGAAUUCCCAGAACCUGUUUGAUGUCAAGGGGAAAGUGGUGCUGGUCACCGGUGGAGCCAAAGGCAUUGGUCGAAUGAUCUCUGAAGGGUUUGUCGCCAACGGCGCUACAGUCUACAUCUCCUCUCGGGAUGCCAAGGCCUGCGACGCCGCAGUAAAUGAGCUCAACGCUCUCGGAAAGGGCAAGGCCCAUUCCAUUCCAGCCAACUUCUACAAGGAGGAGGAUGUCAAGAAACUGGCCGAGGAGCUUGGCAAGCGUGAAGACAAGCUCCAUGUUCUGGUGAACAACUCCGGGUCGAACUGGGGUGCUCCCUAUAAUGAGUAUCCUUCAUCGGCCUGGACCAGGGUUCUUACUCUUAACCUGCAUCGGGUAUUCGAUCUGACCCAGCUUGUCACUCCUUUGUUGGAGAAGGCUGCGUCAGCCGGCGACCCGGCUCGCAUCAUCAACAUCGGCAGUAUCGAUGGUAUCCGAGUCCCAGCGCUGGAGACGUUUGCCUACAGUGCUAGCAAAGCUGGUCUGCACCACAUGAGCCGCGUUCUCGCCAACCACCUUGGCAAGAGAAACAUUACAUCGAAUUCGCUGGCCUGCGGACCAUUUGAGAGUAAAAUGAUGGCUGCUACUCUGGAGUCUUACCGGGAAACGAUUGAGGCGGGAAUUCCGUUGGGUCGCAUCGGUACUCCCGAGGAUGUCGCGGGUGCUUGUCUAUUCCUGAGCAGUCGGGCUGGGUCGUAUGUCAACGGCGCCACAAUCACUCUGGAUGGCGGAAGUGCGAUCGCCGCCAAGCUCUGAGCAACAAUAGCCGUAUAGACAUCAUGCAAAAGUCUCUCUUCG